AUGGAUAAAGAUAUACAGCAUAUGCGUACAGCAAUCAAAUUGGCUAAAUAUGCACUAGAUCAUAACGAAACACCUGUGGCCUGUAUAUUUGUUCAUUCAAAGUUGAACAAAGUCAUCGCAUAUGGAAUGAACGGAACUAACGAAUCCAUAAGCGGGACUUCGCAUGCGGAAUUCAUGGGGAUCAAGCAAAUCCAAGAUAAGUUCGGUCUAGACCCUAAGGUUUUCUCUAACAUCAUAUUAUAUGUGACAGUAGAGCCCUGUAUCAUGUGCGCCAGUGCAUUAAAACAAUUAGGAAUAAAAAAAGUGGUGUUCGGUUGCGGAAACGAUAGAUUUGGCGGAAACGGAUCUAUUCUCAGCAUUCAUAAUGACACUUCCACUGUAAAAGAUAACAUAUAUGUCAGUAUUCCAGGUAUAUUAAGAAAAGAAGCCAUUAUGCUUCUUCGAUAUUUUUACGUUAGAGAGAAUGAAAGAGCACCAAAACCAAGAGCGAAGAAAGACAGAAAGCUUGACAAAGAAGUGUUCCCAGCUAUAGAAUGGAGCAAAUAUUUGACUAGAGAAGAUUUCAUUCAAGAGUUUGGCAAAGAAAAUGUUCAAUUAUAUGAUUCUAACUCAGAUGUUUUUAAAGAGGUCGAUUGGAAAUUGAUAGAUAGCAAUUAUGAUGAAAGAUUCUUGGAUACAAUGUUAAAUGAGAUAUCUAGUAUUGAGGUGGCAGAUGUAGAUUGGAGCAAAAAAUCAAAAGACUCUUAA